CUAUAUAUAUAAAGCUGAAUCGGGACCGCUUCAGUCGUUCAGGAUAGCUCGAGCGGAGAGCAUCGUGCCAAAUCUCAGCUUCCCGAGUGAAUCGUGUCAACAAAGUAUUACCCAAUUUUUUGGCUGCAAAUCAGAAGUGAAGUUUAAGUGUUCAAAGAUGCUGGACAAGUCUGUGCUGGGUGCUAGUUGGGAGAGCGUGGUGUCGAGGGAUGACUACGAGAUCGACUACAGUCCGAGUCCGAGAGGGUCUCCGUUGAAGGACACAUCCAACAUCCAGGAGGAUCAGACGUACUGCAUCAGCCGUCACAACCCCAACCGCACCUUCCGUCGAGAAUCAGUCAUUGCCUCUUGGAAGAGUUUAAAGAAAGAGAGAGAGCAAGCUUUGGGAAAAAGGAUUGUCUACGUAGACGCAGAGAUCUUUGAAGAUUACUACGGAAGGAACAAGGUUAAGCGUUGCAAGAGCGAGAGGACACCAGUUAGGACGGACAGUGUCGUGAGAGUCCCAAAGAAAGUCAAAAGGACGUAUUCGGUUCUAUACAGAUACGAUCCUAAUGAAGAGAAAGUAGUUAAAGAGUACAAAUACCAACUGCCAAAAGAGCAAGAACCAGUAAUGCCGGUCAGUUUGGCGAUGCACAAGGCCUUUUCGGAACCUUUCCUAUGCCCCGACAGGACACCAAAGAAGAAAGUCAAACGUUCUUUCACCACCCUUCUGAACAUCAAAACGAAGUUCUUAAACAUAUUCACUUCGAAGAGUUAAAACUUCUCCUGUAGGUAUAAUUGGAAUAGUUGCUCAAUUCAAUGCAUUUUUAUUUAAAAUGUAAGUGUUCUCAGAGGAGUUGAAAUUGUGAUCGUUUAAUUUCUAGUCAAAGAUUGGCGUCAAAGGACUGUAAUUAUAUUGUAAUAAUAAGAUUAUUGGAACAUUUUAAUGGCGGUCCAGAGGCUUUGUCGUGGAGUAAUCCCUUUUAAUCCGGAGUUGAACCCUUUUGAGAGCCGUGGCGGGGACAAUACUUUGCUAUAUUUAAUGUUUUGUGUUCGUUCCCCUGGCCAGUUUAAAAUUCAAACCAAAUUAAAUUUAGUAUUAGAUAGUAUUAAGUGGUAUUUUUAAUAUGCUUUAUAAUAAAGUUAGUUCUGCGAAAUGGUGUACACAAAAGAGCUAUUUGAUAUUAGUUGAAAACACUUAGUAAUAUUUUCUUUCAGCACAGACUUAUUGGAAUUAUCUUAAUUGAGAGACAAGUUUCGCAGAAAUAAUAACGUAUAGAAAAUAAUAAGAUAGUGACGCGUACCAAUUGUAUUUAAUGCCGUAAUAGAUGUAUAAUGUGAUAUAUUCGUUGUGUUGUGAUAAUUAAAAAUAUAAUUAUUUAAUUGUGGUUCAUAAAUUGUAAUUUAUGUUACAUUUUUUGAUACCAGCAUAUACUAGACCCGUAACAUUAUAUUUUAGUAACAUCUUACUUUGUAUGUAAUGCUUUAUAUUUUGAUUGAAAUAUAUAGUAAUUGCAAUAAUAUUAUUUUCAAUUUUAGUUCAUUCCUUAUAAGUUUAAUUGUAAUGUAUGUGGCAAAGUAAGCUGAAUGUAGAAUAAUGACAUAUCAUACAUUUUAGUUGUGAAAGAUAAUACCUGUAAUUGAUUAUGUAUAUAUAAUGUACUGUUUCUAAUAUUAUUGAGAGGGAACAUUUCCCUUACAAUAUAGAAAAAAAUUGUGGAAAUGGAACAUUAAUAUAUGCAAUCAAUAUUUAACUUUUCUAAAAGUAGGUAAAGUAUUAAAUGCAAAACAGUUUUGAUAACUUAACGUUUAAUAUAUAAUGUUUACAGUUUGUCAUUAAUAAAUGACUUACGUAUUGUAAUGUACAUAUGUAUUUACACUUACUUUAAAUUAAAUGAUAAUUUGUAGCCAUUGGCUUAUUUAGUUAUUUGACGAUGUCAAAGGAACGUUACACACAGUUUAGUAAAAUGUGAAUAAAUUUUGUAUUUACAAUUAUAAAUGUAUUUAAUU